AUGGCUCCCAAACUCAUCGCCGUCCUGUGUCUGGGAUUGUGCCUGGGCCAGAAGAUGUGCACACAGGCGGGUGCUCCCGACAAGCUCUCGCUGUCAGCCCGGCCAAGCCCUGUGGUUCCCCUGGGAGGACGUGUGACUCUCUCCUGUGAUUCUCCUCUUCGGUUUGUCACAUUCACAAUAUACAAAACAUCUGGGACCCAGGACCGUGAGAUGCACACUGGCCUUUCCAAAGACUUCACCAUCAGCCCCGUGACCCCAGGACAUGCAGGGACCUACAGAUGUUCUGGAUCUUUCAGCCACACCUCACAGUGGUCAGCUCGCAGCAACUCCCUGACGAUCGUGGUCACAGGUGCGUUCAGAAAACCCUCCAUCUCAGCACACCCAAGCUCCCAUGUGGCUGCGGGAACCAGGGUGACCGUGCGCUGUCACUCGGAGCUGGCAUUUGAUGACUUUAUCUUAUACAAAGAGGGGCACACACAGCAUUCCCAGGAGCUCGACGAGGGGAUGGAGGCUGGGACUCACUACGUCGAGGCUGUCUUCCGCCUGGGUCCCGUGACGCCGGCCCACACGGGAGCCUACAGAUGCUGUGGUUCUUUCAGUCACUCCCGCUAUGAGUGCUCGGCUCCCAGUGACCCCCUGGAGAUUGUGAUCACAGGAAAACACAAAAAGCCUUCUCUCUCCACCCAGGUGGGCCCCAUGAUGGGGUUGGGAGAGAACGUGACGUUAUUCUGCAUUUCUGAAAUCUCAUUUGACCGGUACCAUCUGUGGAGAGAGGGGGCUCCUCAUUGCCAGUGGCUCAGUGGAGGGCAGAGACACGGGGGAGCGUUCCAGGCCAACUUUUCCGUGGGCCUCGCGACGCCAGCCCAUGGCGGGACCUAUAGAUGCUACGGUUCUUUCAAUGCCUCCCCGUAUGAGUGGUCAGCCCCCAGUGAGCCCCUGCACCUUUCCGUCACAGGAGACCCGAAGAGUACUCAUCUGUUGUUCAUGGAAUCCACCCCUGAAUCUGACACACACCUUCCUCAAGGACAGUCCAGCAACCUGAAUAUCCUCACUGGACUCUCAGUAGCCGCCAUCUUCAUUGGCAUUUGCCUCUCUGCUUUUAUUGGUUACUGGUGUUCCAUAAAAUAUCACACCCCCAUGGCAAACACAGAGAGUGUGGAAGGCCAACAGAUGGAUGAAGACGACCCUGCAGCAGAAGCAGCACAGGAGAUGGUGUAUGCCCAGUUGAACCAGCACACCCUCUCUCAGAGAGGAGUCACUCCCAUCCUGCCGUGUCCCGAGUCCCUCUCGGAGGAGCUCAGUGUCUACGUUACCAUCCACCAAGCCUAG